AUGCCGGGAAUCGAUUUGGACAUCUUCUCCAGCCGUAGGAGACUGCUCGCAAAAGCUCUUCCAGAGAAAAGCUUGAUUUUGAUUGUUGGAAAUAGACUACGGUUUGCAACUGGGCCUGUAUUCUAUCCGUUUCAGCAAAGCACGAACAUGCUUUAUCUUUGUGGCUUUGAUGAGCCUGAAAGUGCGCUUCUCAUAUCAGAAACAGGGAGAUCGAUCCUCUUUUGCGCCAAAGAGGAGGAAGCAAACGUCCAAUUUCAUGGGACAAAUAUUGGACCCUCCAGAGCCACGCUGUUUUUUGGCGUCGAUGAUGCCAAAUAUGCGUCUGAGCUUCCCGGAUUUUUAACCGAUUUUAUUUCAUCACAUUCGAUUAAGCGAAUCUUUCAUUCUGGCGUGAGUGCGGAUUUUUCCUCCUCAUCUGCAUCUUUUGCAUCGUCCAUUUUUCCAGCCAUACAUGGAACGCCUCUCCUACCGAUUGACGACAUCAUAGAGGGCCACCGCUCUGUUAAAAGCUCCAAGGAAAUCGACCUAAUUAGAAAGGCUUCCAAUGCAAUUUCCUUUGGCUUUAACGAUGCGCUUAAAGCAUGCCAUGCUGGCCUUUCAGAGCAUGCUUUAGCAUCCAUAAUAUCCCAUGGGGCAAUUGUGAAAGGAAAUGCCACCAGCCUCUCUUAUGAACCUGUUGUUGCGGGAUCCGAAAAUGCACUUGUCUUGCACUACACGAAAAAUCGAGCACUUUUACGGCAGGGUUCUCUUGUGCUAAUUGAUGCUGGGGCUUUAUAUUUUCACUAUCGUUCAGAUGUUUCCAGGACCUUCCCGGUGUCUGGAAGAUUUUCAGACCCUCAAAAGGAACUGUAUACGGUUGUCCUCAAUACUUUAAAGUAUUGCACACAGAUGUGCAGUGAGAAAUUGGGAUACUCUAUUUCCGACAUAUAUACGGCAUCGGUGUAUCUUCUGCAUGAGGGGCUUAACAAGCUUGGAUUUUCGGUUUCAAUGCGCGAUUUGACAAGGAAUCUUUACUUUCACAACAUUGGCCACCAUAUUGGCCUCGAUUUACAUGAUGUGCCAUCUUAUUCUCAGGAUAAAAAACUUGUAGCCGGCAAUGUCAUUACAAUUGAGCCGGGCUUGUACAUUCCCAGAAGCGCAAAAUACCCAUCAAAGUGCCGGUACCACGGGCUUGGAAUAAGGCUAGAAAACAACAUUGCCGUUGGGUGGAGCACAUUUGAGAAUCUCACGGAGAGCAUUCCAGUUGAAAUUGAGGACAUUGAAGGGAAAAUGUCAAAGUGA